AUGUUGUAUAAUAUGGCUUGUCUAAUCGCCAUUAUUGGAAAAUUUAGAAAGAAGGAACAAAAGAAAUACUUUACUACAUCAAUCAAAACUUUCAAACAAAAUACCACGCUUUAUGAAGCCUUAACGCAACUAACAAAUAACAAGCUAUUGAGAGUACAAUCAGACGAGCUCGGACGAAUGUCAGUCUAUCUGUACAAAGAAUUAGUCACUUAUUCGGGAGCCAUUCAACAACGAGGCAGUUUCUUGGAGCUACUCGAGGAUAUGCUAGAGAGCGAAGACACUGUGUCAAAGGCCAUUAUAUUAUUUGUGGCAGAAGUGGUGAGACAUGACAAGCUACAAGUUUACACAAUUUUCAAAUACAUUGAAUCAGACAAUGAAAUAACCAAAAAGAACGGAUUAAGAAUACUGGCUGAAGUAUUCGACGAAAGAGACGAACAAGCUGCUGAUGAAGACUUGAUACAACUGGUUACGUCUUAUCUCAUCAAAAGGUUAGGGGAGGACUUGUCCAUACGAUCAUGUGCUGCAACUGUUUUUUCGCAUUUGGACACCAAAAUUGUGUUGAAACAGUUACUGCCCUUAUAUUUAUCUAAAAACGAGAAAGAGAGGUCAGCGGCUCACGAAGCACUUGUCAAAAUCAUGGACAGCAAUGUAGAAAACCCCACUGCCUUUCUGGACGUUAUUGAUUGCAUCAAGGAUAUCAUGAUUGAAAACAAUAAGGAUGUUGAGAGUACAAGGAAACAAUUAGCAGAAAGAGUGAUGACCUUUUUACCAAAAUAUUUAACACAGCUCUCUCCCUCAGCAACCAAGCUAUUAGUUACUAGUACUAUUAUGAAAUUUUUCGAGUUUAACAGUGAUCCAAUAUUAGUGUUCAUGUUGAAUAAGAUAUUGAACUUUACUCUCACCGUAGAACAUAACACUAACACCACCACCGAGGAUGAAUAUCUGUUAAACACCAAAAAAGAAUUACUUAUUACUAUCAUUGAACUGGUACUUAAGAAGCUAAUUCAAGAGCAUAAGUUGGCACAAGACGAAAAUUUAACAAUAUUUGACGAGUUAGCUCCUCUAUUGGUUCUGAAGACUCUUCCUGUUUCUAUUUUCUUUUAUAUACAUCCAAGUGAGGACUAUGACAAUCUAUUUAUGAAAUUAUUGAAAAUUUUGAUUUCCUACCUUAAAGAUCAUACUGCAGCAGAGGAGUUGCGACGAGUUGCUGCUGAGGUGGCCUCGAAGCUACCACCACGUCAAACACUGCACACAUUUAUUGAUCAUUUUGUCAAGUUUAUUGACAGUGAAAAUGCCACAGACGCUCACCUCAAGAAGGCAAAAGCUUUCAUAUUUUGCAUCUGCCAGUCGAUUGCGCUCUAUGAAGAGGAUCCCUACAUUUUUUCUUUUCUCACAGAAGACAAGAAGUUAAUUUCUACUUUGAAACAAGUCUUGAUGAAACGAACAGAUAAUGAAGAAUUCACCAAAAUUCAACAAGGGUGUAUGGAUUGUUUGAGUAUGAUCAUCAAGUACAUGUUGAACUAUCCACAACAUUCCACAUUCAUUUCAGAAACAAUUUUACAGAUACAAGACAAGACUACCCAUUCUGCAAUCAUUCAAGAUGACAGCAAUACCAUACUCAGGAUAGCAUUCAGCAACAUUGUGACCAAGACUUCAAAGAUUUUACCUCUCAAACAUCAACUCACUUUUGCAACGAUUAUCAUUCCAUAUUUAGUGAAAAUUUUACUUCAACCAAGAAGAGAAUCUCUUUCUGGGGAAUUAUCAAUACCAUUAUUUGCUUCUUCGCUUCAGGCAUUGCUGAAUAUCAUAUAUCAAAUCAAAUCAGCUGUACACCCAUUCUCGAAAAUGAUUCUAGAAGCUCUUUCCAAGUGCCUCUCUGAUACAGAUGGCAAUAUUCGAUUAUUUGCCCUCAAAACUUUGAGUGCCAUUUUGUAUGCACGUGAAGACGUUCUCACCGAUUAUCAAACCAUAUUCGAAUUUGAAAUAUUGAAGAAAGUGAAAGGAAUGGCCUCUAUUGAGAGCAACAUUGAGGCGAAAAAGUUGGCCACUGAGUUGUGUAAAAUCAUGGGCAUCCAACUACAGUAG